AUGGACAACACUGUGAUGGAUGAGGGACAGGAUAACGUCUGUCUGAAUGCGAACCUGCCGCUGUCUGAGGAUGAGAGCGUGUCUAGGCGCCAACUCGGUGCCACGACUGCUGAGAAAGUUUCGCCACAGGAUAAGAACGGAGGUAAGGAGGCGCCGACUCGCAUUUUGCGGAGUAAUACCAAAAAGGGCGAGCCGUCCACCUCGGGACUUAUACCUAGGUUCCCCUCUGGGACUUCCCAGAAGAGACCCUUAAGUAUAUCGCCUGAUGAGCAGGCCGACCCAGCGGUAGCCCUCAAGGUGGCCUCAACGUCAACUCGAGGCCGCGGUAAGCGAGCUUUAGGAGCCUACAGCUUCCUAAAGGAAGCAAAGGAGUAUCUGGCUGAGGGGGAGGAGAGCGGGGAUGAUGACUCUGAUGUCACCUACCGUGCACCUUACAGGAAGAUAGCGAGCCCAGUCCAAGCGACCAGGGGGCUUUACGAGGACGAAGACCGCAGUGCCCCGCUUGCCGUAACAGUGGAGGCCCUUGCUGCAGAGGCCCUGAUGAACGUCGCAAAAAUACAGGGCGAAGUUAAAAAGAGUGGACACCUUAAAGGCACAGUGAUUGGCCAGAUUAAUAAGGCCACGCAGAAAGUAAUAGACGCAGUAGAGGGCCUACGAUCUAUUACACCAGAAGAGGAGCAGCGCAGACUCCGUGCUGAUAACGCUCGGCUCGCAAGAGAGCUAGAGUUGAUGCGCAGAGAACUGCGAGCCUUUAAAGAAGCGUAUGCUGAACAGAACAGAACACCUGUGGCAUCGAGGAACACAGCUGGGGUCCAACCAGGUGUAGAAGAAAUAAUAAAGGAGGCCAUGGAAGGAAUGAGACGCGAGCUUCUGCAGUCGGUGGGCGGAAUGGUCAACGCCCGCCUCGAAGACCUGGAGAUGCGUCUCCCUGCAGAGCCUGUGAUACGACCACACCUGAACGCCGAUCAGCGACAGCCACCACCGCCCCGCCACAGAGUCCGUUCUGGUUUGGCGAACAGCGCUAUGAAAGGAACAGCCGAUCAGCCAGCCCAAGCCAAGGCUGCUCAGCCAGGGCCCAAGAGGAUCCCGAAGACGAAGGCGAGGCCGACUGUCCCUCCGCCUCCUCCUCCCCCCAAGGGAAAACAGAGAGGUGGAAAUGAAGAAAUGGCCUCCUCAACUGGAACAGGACCAGUGCAACAAGACCAGAUUCCUCAAGAAGCGCCAUGGUCGAAGGUUGUUGGCCGUAAAUCAAGGGGAAAGGCUCCGACCCAGCCCACCUCCCAAACCGUGGAAAUCCAAAAAAGGGCCGUGGUCGCCCCAAAGCCUAUCAAGAUAGUGGCCCCCAAGACGGCGGCCAUUAUGAUAACUUUGAAGGAGGGGGCGACCAUAGCCACAACUGAUGGCCAAAUUGUUGCGGCCAAGUAUGCGGAGGUCCUAUCUAAGGCUAGGGCCUCUAUCUCGCUUAGAGAUGUUGGUCUGGAGUCGGUCAAGAUACGAACUAGUAUGACCGGCUCCAAACUGAUGGAGGUGGGAGGGGAGACUCCAGAUGAGUCGGCCGACCGCCUAGCCGCAGAGUUGACCAGAGUCGUUGGGGAUUUGGCGGAUAUUACCCGCCCAACCAAACUGGCCGACCUUCGGUUUGCCGGUUUGGACGACUCGGUCAGCCGCGAAGAGCUGGCGGAAAAGGUGGCGACGGCUGGGGGCUGCUCUCCCACCUUGGUCAAAGUGGGCCAAAUCCGUCCCAGCUUCUGGGGCGGUGGCUCGGCCAUCGUUAGAUGCCCAGCGACGGCUGCUAAGACGGUCGUCGCUAUGGGUAAAAUGGCUAUUGGGUGGAGCAUGGCCACUAUCACGGCAGUGCAGGCCCAGCCUCUGCGCUGUUAUAAGUGUAUGAUGCUGGGCCAUACACGGGCUCUCUGUCCUUCAGAGUGUCAAACGGAGGUAGAAAAUGGGCAACUCUGCUUCCGUUGUGGCAAAGAGGGACACAAGGCUGCAACGUGCGAGGCCCCUGCGAAAUGCACAGUUUGUGCAAAGACAGGUCGUCCGCAUAGUCACCUGAUGGGGGGUGCUAAAUGCGCACCACCUACGGUGAAGGGAAAGGUCCCUAAGAUUAUGUCUCCCCAAAAUCCGCCACAGAACCGACAGGCGGCCGAGGAAGAUAUGCAGGUGUCUUAA